AUGAGGCACAGACACAAGCUGCGGAAGCCACCUCCGUCCACAACUUUUAAGACUGGAUUCGACACUGAACUAGCCAGUCAAGAUGGUCAUAACUUUCUUGCUAGGCUUAAGAUCAGUCAUCCUCAGGAGGGUUACCAAGUCCGUCACGCUUAUAUAAUAACCAUCAAGUAUACUUUUGUCCGUGACAUAGUGCGUGACAUAGUCCGUGACAUAGUGCGUGACAUAGUGCGUGACAUAGACCGUGACAUAGACCGUGACAUAGUCCGUGACAUAGACCGCGACAUAGAUCGUGACAUAGUCCGUGACAUAGUCCGUGACAUAGACCGUGACAUAGACCGUGACAUAGACCGCGACAUAGACCGUGACAUAGACCGUGACAUAGUCCGUGACAUAGACCGCGACAUAGAUCGUGACAUAGUCCGUGACAUAGUCCGUGACAUAGACCGUGACAUAGACCGUGACAUAGACCGUGACAUAGAUCGCGACAUAGACCGUGACAUAGCCCGUGACAUAGUCCGUGACAUAAUGCGUGACAUAGUGCGUGACAUUGUCCGUGACAUAGUCCGUGACAUAGUCCGUGACAUAGUCCGUGACAUAAUCCGUGACAUAGUCCGUGACAUAGUCCGUGACAUAGACCGUGACAUAGACCGCGACAUAGACCGUGACAUAGACCGUGACAUAGACCGCAACAUAGCCCGUGACAUAGACCGCAACAUAGUCCGUGACAUAGACCGUGACAUAGUCCGUGACAUAGUCCGCGACAUAGACCGUGACAUAGACCGUGACAUAGACCGUGACAUAGACCGUGACGUAGACCGUGACAUAGACCGUGACAUAGACCGCGACAUAGCCCGUGACAUAGACCGCGACAUAGCCCGUGACAUAGACCGUGACAUAGACCGUGACAUAGACCGUGACAUAGACCGCGACAUAGACCGCGACAUAGACCGUGACAUAGACCGCGACAUAGACCGCGACAUAGACCGCGACAUAGACCGCGACAUAGCCCGUGACAUAGACCGUGACAUAGAUCGUGACAUAGUCCGUGACAUAGACCGCGACAUAGACCGCGACAUAGACCGCGACAUAGACCGCGACAUAGACCGUGACAUAGACCGCGACAUAGACCGCGACAUAGACCGCGACAUAGACCGUGACAUAGACCGCGACAUAGACCGCGACAUAGACCGCGACAUAGACCGCGACAUAGUCCGUGACAUAUUCCGUGACAUAGACCGUGACAUAGUCCGUGACAUAGACCGCGACAUAGUCCGUGACAUAGCCCGUGACAUAGACCGUGACAUAGAUCGUGACAUAGACCGUGACAUAGACCGUGACAUAGACCGUGACAUAGAUCGUGACAUAGACCGUGACAUAAACCGUGACAUAGUCCGUGACAUAGUCCGUGACAUAGUCCGUGACAUAGAUCGUGACAUAGACCGUGACAUAGACCGCGACAUAGACCGUGACAUAGACCGCGACAUAGACCGCGACAUAAUCCGUGACAUAGUCCGUGACAUAGACCGUGACAUAGUCCGUGACAUAGACCGCGACAUAGACCGUGACAUAGACCGUGACAUAGUCCGUGACAUAGACCGCGACAUAGAUCGUGACAUAGUCCGUGACAUAGUCCGUGACAUAGACCGUGACAUAGACCGUGACAUAGACCGUGACAUAGAUCGCGACAUAGACCGUGACAUAGCCCGUGACAUAGUCCGUGACAUAAUGCGUGACAUAGUGCGUGACAUAGUCCGUGACAUAGUCCGUGACAUAAUGCGUGACAUAGUGCGUGACAUUGUCCGUGACAUAGUCCGUGACAUAGUCCGUGACAUAAUCCGUGACAUAAUCCGUGACAUAGUCCGUGACAUAGUCCGUGACAUAGACCGUGACAUAGACCGCGACAUAGACCGUGACAUAGACCGUGACAUAGCCCGUGACAUAGACCGCGACAUAGCCCGUGACAUAGACCGUGACAUAGACCGUGACAUAGACCGUGACAUAGACCGCGACAUAGUCCGCGACAUAGACCGUGACAUAGACCGUGACAUAGACCGUGACGUAGACCGUGACGUAGACCGUGACAUAGACCGUGACAUAGACCGCGACAUAGCCCGUGACAUAGACCGCGACAUAGCCCGUGACAUAGACCGCGACAUAGCCCGUGACAUAGACCGUGACAUAGACCGUGACAUAGACCGUGACAUAGACCGCGACAUAGACCGCGACAUAGACCGUGACAUAGACCGCGACAUAGACCGCGACAUAGACCGCGACAUAGACCGUGACAUAGCCCGUGACAUAGACCGUGACAUAGAUCGUGACAUAGUCCGUGACAUAGACCGCGACAUAGACCGCGACAUAGACCGUGACAUAGACCGCGACAUAGACCGCGACAUAGACCGCGACAUAGACCGUGACAUAGACCGUGACAUAGACCGCGACAUAGACCGCGACAUAGACCGCGACAUAGUCCGUGACAUAUUCCGUGACAUAGACCGUGACAUAGUCCGUGACAUAGUCCGUGACAUAGACCGUGACAUAGACCGCGACAUAGACCGCGACAUAGACCGCGACAUAGCCCGUGACAUAGCCCGUGACAUAGACCGUGACAUAGUCCGUGACAUAGACCGUGACAUAGACCGCGACAUAGACCGCGACAUAGUCCGUGACAUAGCCCGUGACAUAGACCGUGACAUAGAUCGUGACAUAGACCGUGACAUAGACCGUGACAUAGAUCGUGACAUAGACCGUGACAUAAACCGUGACAUAGUCCGUGACAUAGUCCGUGACAUAGAUCGUGACAUAGACCGUGACAUAGACCGCGACAUAGACCGUGACAUAGACCGCGACAUAGACCGCGACAUAAUCCGUGACAUAGUCCGUGACAUAGACCGUGACAUAGUCCGUGACAUAGUCCGUGACAUAGACCGUGACAUAGACCGUGACAUAGGCCGCGACAUAGACCGUGACAUAGACCGUCACAUAGACCGUCACAUAGACCGCGACAUAGACCGUCACAUAGACCGCGACAUAGGCCGUGACAUAGACCGUGACAUAGCCCGUGACAUAGACCGUGACAUAGAUCGUGACAUAGACCGUGACAUAGAUCGUGACAUAGACCGUGACAUGAACCGUGACAUAGUCCGUGACAUAGUCCGUGACAUAGAUCGUGACGUAGACCGUGACGUAGACCGUCACAUAGACCGUCACAUAGACCGUCACAUAGACCGCGACAUAGACCGUCACAUAGACCGCGACAUAGACCGUCACAUAGACCGUGACAUAGCCCGUGACAUAGCCCGCGACAUAGACCGCGACAUAGACCGUGACAUAGACCGCGACAUAGACCGUGACAUAGCCCGUGACAUAGACCGCGACAUAGCCCGUGACAUAGACCGUGACAUAGAUCGUGACAUAGACCGUGACAUAGAUCGUGACAUAGACCGUGACAUGAACCGUGACAUAGUCCGUGACAUAGUCCGUGACAUAGAUCGUGACGUAGACCGUGACGUAGACCGUCACAUAGACCGUCACAUAGACCGUCACAUAGACCGCGACAUAGACCGUCACAUAGACCGCGACAUAGACCGUCACAUAGACCGUGACAUAGCCCGUGACAUAGCCCGUGACAUAGCCCGCGACAUAGACCGCGACAUAGACCGUCACAUAGACCGCGACAUAGACCGUGACAUAGCCCGUGACAUAGACCGCGACAUAGCCCGUGACAUAGACCGUGACAUAGAUCGUGACAUAGACCGUGACAUAGAUCGUGACAUAGACCGUGACAUGAACCGUGACAUAGUCCGUGACAUAGACCGUGACAUAGACCGUGACAUAGACCGUGACAUAGUCCGUGACAUAGACCGUGACAUAGACCGUGACAUAGACCGCGACAUAGACCGUGACAUAGACCGUCACAUAGACCGUCACAUAGACCGCGACAUAGACCGUCACAUAGACCGCGACAUAGACCGUCACAUAGACCGUCACAUAGACCGUCACAUAGACCGUCACAUAGCCCGUGACAUAGCCCGUGACAUAGCCCGUGACAUAGCCCGUGACAUAGCCCGUGACAUAGCCCGUGACAUAGCCUGUGACAUAGUCAAGGACUAA